AUGAACUCCUUCCUGGAGUACCUGGCGCGGGGCGGGGACGGCUUGAGCUUGUCAGGCAAGUUCGGCGGCGGGGCAGAGCCCGGCGGGGUGGCGCUGCGGCCGCCCUGUCCCCUGUCAGCUGGCGGGGAGCGCGCCUACGCGGGGCCGGCGGCGGGGAGCCUGCCGGACUUCUCCCAGCGGCCGGCGGCGCAGCAGCCGCAGCAACAGCUGGCACCGUGCGCGCUGGCGCCCAGCGCGUUCGCCUCAGAGUACAGCUUGCUCCGUCCCGAAGCGCCCUUCGUCGUCGCCCCCGAGGAGGCCGGCGCUCCGGUACACUACGCCGCCUCCGUGUUCUCGGGCGGCGCCGGCGGCGCUUACCUCCCGGUGGACUACAGCGCGCUAGCCGAGAGCUUCCAGCCUUGCGCCAAGGAUGCGCCGCCAGCGCCGCCCUCCGACUUCUGCCCCAAGGCCAGCUGCUCCCAGGCGGCGCUCAGCACUUUCGAGUGGAUGAAAGUCAAGAGGAGCGCGCCGCCCAAAAACAAAGCCUCCAUCUAUGGAACAUCUUCCAGUCCACCCAGUGCUGUAAGGACCAAUUUCAGCACCAAGCAACUCACGGAAUUGGAGAAAGAGUUCCAUUUCAAUAAAUACCUCACGCGGGCCCGGCGCGUGGAGAUUGCAAAGUCUUUGGGCCUCAAUGACGCUCAGGUGAAAAUCUGGUUCCAGAAUCGGAGGAUGAAGCAGAAGAAACGGGAGAGGGAAGGGAUGGUGAUCCCUCCUCCUGCAGUGACAUUCCACGUCUCCCCCUCGGAUUCAAGCCCCUCACAGUUAGGCAUGUGUUCUGCCCCUUCUUCUCCUGCCAAGGGUUCGCCCUGACAUAGUGGCAGUGUGAUAACAUGGAGAGACAUUAGAAACAGCAUGAGAUUAAAAAGACUAAAAAGUAAUAAUAUUGCAAGCAAAAUUGCAAAGCUCUAAACUGUGUUAAAUCCUGCACAUUCUAAGACAAGGGGGAAAUAAGACAAUCAUUGCACUAAGAUUUAUCAUGCUCCCCUUGGGAAAAGUCUGGCUUUAUCUUGUGUACGAUGAAUACCUGCUGCUUUAUGGAGAACUGAUUCAAGGCACAAAUGACAUAUGACGUUUACAUUUUAUUUAUAUGUAUUUUCAGGGAAAACCACUACAUGCUGCUAAAUUUUCUUAUUGGUUGAGUUUAUUUACAGGUUGAUCUUCUACUUGUUUCCUGACAGGGAAGUCCAAUGGGACUUACUUUUGUCAGCUGUGCAUAGGAUCUCUGCCUUGGUCAGCUGACCUUCAGUCUAUUUUUAAUUUUCUUUCUUUCUUGCAUGUGUUUUGGGAAGGGCCAAAACAUGUGUU